UAGAAAAGCAGCUACGUGCGACGUCCUGCCGCCGGAGCGCAGCUGGCUUUGUCUUGCCGUUGAGCUUUUGCGAUGUCCAACAUGGACCUGUUAAAAUCGUUCGUCAUCGAGCGGCUGACCGCAGCCGCCGAGGAGAUAUUGGAAGCUUUCGCGAGGACGGUAGUGGAGCAGGAGGAAACGAUAGAUCGACAAAGGAGACUGCUGGACAUGGUUUUGAGGCCCAGCAUUACGUUACACAAAAUAGACUUUGUACAGUUAUCUGAUCAGCAGCAUCGUGAGCAGGAGAGGAGCCCCCGUCUGGCCAAGGAGGAACAACAGGAACUCUGGAUCAGUCCACAGGAAGACCAACUUCCAUUACAGGAGGCAGCUGAUACUUCUGAGUCCAUAUUUACCCCUCUUUGUGAUGGAAAUGAUCAGGGUAAAGAUCAGCCUCUGCCCUCGCAACUCUACCAAACCCAGACAGAGAGAGACACAGAGCCCCCAGCUGUCAUCUCAUUUGAAAUGAUACAACUGGAUGCCACAGAAGACAACUUUUUAAUAUCAGAACCAACAAGUGACCACCAUACCCUCUCUAAAUGCUGUCAUGCAACUACGAGUGAAGCUUACCAUACUCGCAGUCACCAAAACUGUGAGGAAGCAGGUUCAACUCGGAAAGCAAGGCUGAAACCUCAUAAAAAGCCCUACAAGUGCAAGAUUUGUGGGAAAGUGCUUCAUAAUUUGGAAAUUUUCAAAAUUCACAUGACAUUUCACACAGGGGAAAAGCCUUUCAAAUGCACCAGUUGUGGGAGAGAUUUUACCUGCAAGUAUAACAUGGAGAGGCAUACAAGGACUCAUGCAGGGCAGAAGCCAUUCAGAUGCACCACAUGCGGGAAAAUGUUUACCCAUAAAUCAAGUUUUCAAAGGCACAUAAGGACUCAUACAGGAGAGAGGCCAUUCAAAUGCACCAUGUGCAGGAAAGUGUUUACCCAGAAGUCAAAUUUGGAAAUACACGUAAGGACUCAUACAGGGGAGAAGCCAUUCAGAUGCACCACAUGUGGGAAAAUGUUUACCCGGAAGUCAUAUUUGAAAAUGCACAUAAGGACUCAUACAGGGGAGAAGCCAUUCAGAUGCACCAUGUGCAGGAAAGUGUUUACCCAGAAGUCAUAUUUGCAAAGUCACCUAAGGACACAUACAGGGGAGAAGCCAUUCAGAUGCACCACAUGUGGGAAAAUGUUUACCCGGAAGUCAUAUUUGCAAAUGCACAUAAGGACUCAUACAGGGGAGAAGCCAUUCAGAUGCACCACGUGCAGGAAAGUGUUUACCCAGAAGUCAAAUCUGCAAAUGCAUGUAAGGACUCAUACAGGGGAGAAGCCAUUCAGAUGCAAGAUUUGUGGGAAAGUGUUUACCCUGGAGUCAAAUUUUCAAACGCACAUAAGAACUCAUACAGGGGAGAAGCCGUUCAGGUGCACUACGUGUGGGAAAAUGUUUACCCGGAAGUCAUAUUUGCAAAGUCACCUAAGGACACAUACAGGGGAGAAACCAUUCAGAUGCACCACGUGCGGGAAAAUGUUUACCCAGAAGUCAAAUUUGCAAAGUCAUGAAAGGACUCAUACAGGGGAGAAGCCAUUCAGAUGCACCACGUGUGGGAAAACGUUUACCCAGAAGUCAAAUUUGCAAAUGCAUGUAAGGACUCAUACAGGGGAGAAGCCAUUCAGAUGCACCACAUGCGGGAAAACGUUUACCCUGAAGUCAAGUUUACAAAGUCACAUAAGGACUCAUACAGGCGAGAAGCCAUUCAAGUGCUGCGAUUGUGGAAAUGGGUUCAGCUCAAAAUGGCUUCUCAAACAACAUGUCGUGAUCCACACAGGUUACAUUCCCGGAGCCAAGACAGCGCCCUCUACAGGUGAGAUCGGCACUUCCGUGGCCAACAGAGGGUCAGCUGUACAACCUGAAGCCAGGAGCUUGGGUUCUGAUAAAGUUCCUGAAGAGAAAACAUAAGAGAAGCCCCGUGGACAGGGUCCCACCAAGUACUUAUGACCACACCUACGGCAGUGAAGGUGGAGGGGAGAGACAGCUGGACACACGCCAGCCGCAGCAAGAAUGUGUCACCACUGGAGACGGAGGUCCAGGGUGAGAGACCCGCUCUGCUCACAAAUGAGGAAGAGAAGUAGACGUGGCCAGCUCUCACUGAGGUUUAAAAACCUACCGACAGCCAAUGGUUGCUACGCUAUAGGGAAAUGCAUUAUUUUAUGUAAUGGCACGUGAUAACAAUAAGGCACCAUUGAGGUAAUAUGUAGUGAUGAUGCCAGUGCCUCAAAGCAGGCCCUGGCAUCCUUUUAGGAGAAUGGAGUUUGGUCUCAGGAGAACAAUGUAUUGUGUUGCAAUAACAACUGUUGUGAAUGUCAGUCCUGUUUUAUGGGUUUUGAUUCUCUACAAGAUAAUAAUGCUGUAACAACAACUGUUACUUUCUCAUCAACCAUCUUUUGCCCCCACCACAGCCAAAUUGCCAGAUGUGC